AUCGCCGGGUCCCCCGCCUCGUCUUUGCCCUCCCAAAGCCGCCACCUCGGAAGCGAGUCAUGGUGGCUGCCGUGGCGGCGGCGUGGCUGCUCCUGUGGGCCGCGGCCUGCGCGCAGCGGGAGCAGGACUUCUAUGACUUCAAGGCGGUCAACAUCCGGGGCAAGCUGGUGUCGCUGGAGAAGUACCGCGGCUCGGUGUCCCUAGUGGUAAAUGUGGCUAGUGAGUGUGGCUUCACAGACCAGCACUAUCGAGCCCUGCAGCAGCUACAGCGGGACUUGGGUCCCCAUCACUUCAAUGUGCUUGCCUUUCCCUGCAACCAGUUUGGCCAACAAGAGCCAGACAGCAAUGGAGAGAUUGAGAGCUUUGUUCGUCACACCUAUAGUGUCUCUUUCCCCAUGUUUAGCAAGAUUGCAGUCACUGGCACUGGUGCCCACCCUGCCUUCAAGUACUUAACUGAAACUUCUGGGAAGGAGCCCACCUGGAACUUCUGGAAGUAUCUGGUGGCCCCAGAUGGAAAGGUAGUAGGGGCUUGGGACCCAACUGUGUCAGUGGAGGAGAUCAGGCCUCAGAUCAUGGCACUGGUGAGGAAGCUCAUCCUGCAGAAGCGAGAAGAUUUAUAACCACUUUGCCUCUUCUCCCACCAACCCUGUCCCACCUAUCUGUGUAUAAGUGACCAAAGCAAGCUCAAAUGGUGCUUCAAAGGGAGAGACUCACUGAUUCUCUUUCCAUCAUUCUUAUCCCACCUCCCCUUUCAUUCUUAUAAGGGGAAAAUUAUAGUAUUUUUUGAAUCAUAGUAUUUUUUGAAUUAUAGUAUUUUUUGAAUCCUGGCCAAGAAGAGCUCUUAGUAGUGAAUCACUAGUCAAUGAAGACAUGUGGCAAGUAGAAGCAUAUCUGGCAAUAAUCUAUCCUUUCAGGACUCUGGAAAAUGGGGCCAGUUCCUACCUCACAGGGAUGUUGUGAGGAUUAGGAUGGAACACCUGGGAAAGUGCCUUGGGCAGUGCCAGCCAAAUAGGAGGCAUUCAAUAAAUGUGGUGUGUUUUUUGCAUAUAAACCAAAAAAUAACUUGUGGUUAAUAAAAACUUAUACCCAACAUAAAUUUCCACCCAAUAGAAAUCUAGGUCAAACAUUUAUUUUUUUUGUUUUCCUUUGUGUAUUAUUAUUAUUAAUUACAGAAGAUGCAAGUCCCUGGACUGGGGAUGUAGCUUAGUGGCAGAUCACUUGCCUGACAUCACAUGUGAAGCCCUCGGUUCAAUCCUCAGAACCUAAAAAAAUAAAAUAAAAAAGAAAGAAAGAAAGCAAAUACCUUGUAAAAAUCCAAAAAUAAGGAUAAUGUAAAAUAAAAGUUAAAGUCCCCCCCCCCCUCAUUUUCUAUAAUCUCACGCCUUGGAAAUAAACACUGUCAGCAAUUUGGUACAAAAACUUCCAUACCUUUUUUUUUAAAAUCAAGCUAAUCAGUAUUGCCCCCCCCCCAAAAUUUAUAGACCAAAGGUAUACUACAACAACAACAAAAGCAAAGGAUAUAAAUAGGUAAUUUACAAAAGAAUACAAAUACCCAAUGAGGACAUGAAAAGAUAUUCAGAUUCAUAGGUUGGAAAGAUUUUUGAAAUGAUAAUACUCAUUUUUGGUAAGGAUGUAGGGAUAUGGGCAUUCAUAUAAACUGUUGAUAGGACAAAAUGGAACAAGGUUGUUUUGGUGAUGAUCUAUUAUUUUAUCCCCUUGGUACAGAGGAUUAAACCUAGAAGUGCUUUAUCAUUGAGCUACAUCUACCAGCCUUUUUUAUUUUUUAUUUGGAAUCAGGGUUUCACUAAAUUGCCCACACUGCCCUCAAACUUGUGAUUCUUCUACUCCUUCCAAUUAGCUGGGAUUUCAGGUGUACACCACUGCAUCUGACUGGAAAUAUCUUUUAAAACAAAAUCUUUUUUUUUUUUUAGGAGAGAUUUUUUUUUUUUUUUUUUUUUUUAGUUUUCGGUAGACACAACAUCUUUGUAUGUGGUGCUGAGGAUCGAACCCCGGGCCCGCACGCACGCCAGGCGAGCGUGCUACUGCUUGAGCCACAUCUCCAGCCCUUAAAACAAAAUCUUUGUAUCCUUUGCUCUAUCAUUUCCUCUUCUAAAAGACUCUGAAACCGUGUAUAUGUACAUAUAAACAAUAAUAUGUAUGUAUACCAUUCAUAAGAGUGAAAUUUUGGAUAUAACCCAUAUGUUUAUCAAAAUGGGUCUGGUAAUGGUACAAAUCUAAAUGAUAAACUAAUGCAAAUGUUAAAAUGAAUGGGCUAGAGGUGGGCACGGUGACUCACACUUGUAAUCUCAGCAGCUGGGGUGGGGAGGGCAGGUGGUUGAGGCAGGAGUUCAAAGCCAACCUCAAUAAAAGCAAGGCGCUGGGGCUGGGAUUGUGGCUCAGCGGUAGAGCACUCACCUUGCACAUGCGUGCGAGGCACUGGGUUCAAUCCUCAGCACCACAUAAAAAUAAAUAAAAUAAGAGUACUGUGUUCAACUACAAGUAAUUUAAUAUAUAUUAAAAAAAAAAAACAGAAAAAA